AUGAAUAAGCUGAACUUUUUGUAUGACCAUUUGAUAAAGAAUACAAUUUCUCAUUCCAGUGAAAUGCCAAUAAACAAUCAACAUAUACUUUCCUUAGUAUAUGCAGUCAAGGAGAUCAAUAGGAAUCCAAACAUCUUACCAAACAUUAGCCUUGGAUUCCACAUCUCUAAUAGCUAUAUUGAUGCAAGAAUGAUAUAUCUGAAUACUUUGAAGCUUCUAUCCAAUCAAGAAAAGACUAUCCCUAAUUAUAGUUGUGAGAAACGGAAUAUGUUACCAGUUGUCAUUGGAGAAUCUGACUCCGAAAACUCACUUCUGAUGGCCAAUAUCUUAAUCACCUACAAGAUUCCACAGGUUGCUUAUUGCUUUUUUGCUAUAGAGAAGGAUGCUGGCAACAGGAUACCGUACUUCUAUCGUAUGGUACCUGAUAUUGACGACUGUUUCAAGUGCCCAGAAGAUCAGUACCCUAACAGAGCUCAAGAUAAAUGCCUGACAAAACGUUUAAACUUUUUGACUUAUGAUGAAGCUUUGGGUAUCAGUUUGGCCCUUUCAGCUUGUUCUUUUGCUCUGCUCUCAACUGCAGUGCUUGGAAUCUUUAUUAAGCACAGGAAUACUCCCAUUGUCAAAGCCAACAAUCGGGAUCUCUCUUAUCUUCUCCUAAUUUCCCUUCUGCUUUGCUUCCUCUCUUCAUUGCUGUUUAUCGGCCGUCCUGGGGAAGUGAUCUGCCCUUUACAACAAACAGCUUUUGCUAUCAUUUUCUCAAUAGCUAUCUCUUGUGUAUUGGCAAAAACCAUCACUGUAGUUCUGGCUUUUAUGGCCACUAAGCCAGGAUCAGCUAUGAAGAAAUGGGUAGGGAAAAAAAUGUCAAAUUACAUUGUCCUUUUCAGCUCCCUAAUUCAGAUAGGAAUUUGUAUUUCCUGGCUUUGUAUAGCUUGCCCUUACCCAGAUAUGGACAUGAUCUUCUUAACUGAAGAAAUUAUACUUGAGUGUAACAAAGGUUCAGUUGUUAUGUUUUAUUGUAUUCUGAGCUAUCUAGGAUCUCUGGCUAUUGUCAGCUUUAUUAUGGCUUUCCUGGCCAGGAAGUUGCCCAAUAGUUUCAAUGAAGCCAAAUUCAUCACUUUCAGCAUGUUACUAUUUUGCAGUGUUUGGAUAUGUUUUGUUCCAACAUAUAUAAGUUCAAAGGGAAAAUAUAUGGUCGCUGUGGAAAUCUUCACUUUACUGAGUUCCAGUGCUGGGCUGCUUGGUUGUAUUUUCCUCCCCAAGUGUUACAUAAUUGUCCUGAGACCUGAUCUGAAUAAGAAGGACCAUCUAACAAGGAAAAAUACGGGCUAUGGAAAUUGA